AUGAACUUUCUCGGUCUAGACAGCCAGAACACGCCACCCGUGGUCUCGAUCUCAGCGUCGCAGUCGCUGAAUGCAUCAGCCACAACCCAAGCCGCGAUCUCAACAGGUCUAACACGGCUGGACGAGGCGUUGAAUGACGCGACAGACGAGAAACGACCCGGCGGUAUCCUGCGCGGCCAAAUCACCGAGGUGUUUGGACCACCUGGUGUGGGGAAGACCUCCCUGGCUCUAAAUACGGCAUUCAGUGCCCUCCGCAAUGGUGGUAAGGUGGUGUGGAUUGAUACGGGCUCUCCCCUACCCAACCCCAGACUAAAGGGACACUCUCUCGACAAUAACAACUUCAUCUAUUUCCGCGCCACGACACUCCCCCAUCUCCUAGCUCUGCUCCUCCGUCCACCAAGGAGCUUUCCACCGGACGGAACAGCCCUACUAGUCAUCGACUCCGUAUCGAGCCUGUUCUCGACAUACUUCCCCAACGCAGCGGAGCUGAAGGAGAGACUGACGCAGGGGAAAAUCACUGACAAGGCGCAGCUACAGUGGCUGCUGAAUCGGAAGUGGAAUGUGGCGUCUGAUCUGGCGACGCAUCUGGCGCGAAUCGCGUCGAGGAAUAUCGCCGUGCUAGCUAUUAACCAGACGCACACGAAAAUCAAGGGCCAGCCACGUGCGACGCUGCAUCCCGUUUUGGCGGGUGGUGCGUGGGAGAGUAAUGUGCAGGCACGGAUCAUGAUGUAUCGCGAUUUGCCGAAUUGUAGGCUGGCGGAGAUGACCAAGCGGGCCGGGAGGACUUUGUUGAUGCGGUCUGCGGAGUGGAUUGUUCCGUUUCGGAUAGAAGCGGACGGUCUCCGCGAAGUUGAGGAGGAGUCGGAGCCUGAUUUAGACGCAGUGGAAGAAAUAUCGCAUCCUGCCGAACCAGUUGACGUCCCCACUGCAGCAAGUCGAAAACGCAAGGUCAACGAGGUGGCCGACAGCCAGGACGAAGACGACGAUGACGACUCAGAGGGAGGGUACGAAUGGAUGGACGAGGCCCUGCUCGGCGAGAACGCCUGA